UUUGGGAGCCACCAUUCCUCUCCCCCUACUUAACAGCGUCUCCGCCCCAUCCCAGCUCUCCAACUCAACUCAACUCAACACGCAAAGCAAAUUACCAGAGAAAAGAAAAGCAAGAGCAGCGACCUGAGCUAGGAGAAAGAGCAUCGAAAGAAGAGAAAGAAAAGGCGAGCGAGGAUGUGUGGUGGAGCGAUCCUCGCCGAGCUCAUCCCGGGCGCGCCGGCGCGGCGCGUCACGCCCGGCCACAUCUGGCCGGGCAAGGGGGCCAAGCAGGCCAAGGCUGCCGCCGCGGCCGACGACUUCGAGGCGGCGUUCCGGGAGUUCAACGAGGAGGAGGACGACGAGGAGGAGGUCGUGGUGGAGCGGCAGGAGGAGGUGGCCGAGAGCAAGCCCUUCGUUUUCGCUGCUUCCCCCAAGAAGCAGCUGCGGCAGGAGGAGGCGGCGCCUAGCCGGAGCAGGAAGCCGUCGCAGUACCGGGGCGUCCGGCGCCGGCCGUGGGGCAAGUGGGCCGCCGAGAUCCGCGACCCCGUCAAGGGCGUCCGCGUCUGGCUCGGCACCUUCCCCUCCGCCGAGGCCGCCGCGCUCGCCUACGACGACGCCGCGCGCGCCAUCCGCGGGCCCAGGGCCAAGCUCAACUUCCCCUCCUCUGCCGUCGCCGCGGCCCCUGGAGCGCGCAAGCGCGGCCGCGCCGGCGUGGCCCUCGCUGCCAACGCAAAGCCGGUCAUCCACAUCAUCGACGAGGAGGAGGAGCACGCCGCCCUGGCCGCGCCCGCGUCGUCCUUCGUCAAGCACGAGGCCGAGGCGAGCGAGGGGUCCGAGUCCAGCGGCGCCCUCCCCGACUUCUCGUGGCAGGGCAUGUCGGCGUUCGACGAGGCGCCGGCGUACCCGGCCCCGGAGCCGGAGACCGAGCUGCCCGCGAAGCGGGCGAGGACCGAGCCGGAGGACACCGACGAGGGCAUGUCGGCACACCCGGCAUCCGACUCCGACUCCGACGCGCUGUUCGACGCCCUCCUCUUCGCCGACCAGUUCGCCUACUUCAACGGCGGCGCCUACGAGUCCCUCGACAGCCUGUUCAGCGCCGACGCCGUGCAGAGCUCCACGGCCACCGCCGCGGGCGAGGCGGCCAUGGGGCUCUGGAGCUUCGACGACGACUGCCUCGUCGACGAGUGCAGCCUGUCGUUCUAGAUCCUGUUCCGUGUGCGUCCCUUCAUGCCAUGCGAUGGUGUGUGUGUAAAUAGAGUAGUUUCGAUCUUGUGGAAUCCGUUCGUUCGUCGUCGCUUCUUGGAUCAGCAAGUGAUGGUGGGUACUGUGUAAGAGUUGACAUCCUUGUGAAAGAUUUUGCCUACGCCUUCGGUGCAAAA